AUGUCGAUCUACUCGAGUCCGCCUCCUCUGCGGCCCUUCUCCGCCGAGAAGCCUACCUUGCUCGUCUGCUGGUGGAUCACAAUCUUUUGCACCUCCAUCAUCCUGCUGCGUGUAGGCGGCCGCUAUGUCCGUACCGAGCGCCUCUUCCUCGAGGACAAGGUGGCCGCCCUGGCCAUAGUUCCUCUCUUCCUGCGCAUGGGUGCCGUCCAUGUCAUUCUCAUCUACGGCACCAACAAUGCGCAGUUCGCCGGCGCCAACUUGACAGACGUCGAGAUUCACCAGAAGAGCGUAGCGAGCGGCCUAGUCAUCCUUAGUCGCAUCCUCUACGCCGCAACACUAUGGACCUUCAAAGUCGCCAUUCUCGAGUUCUUCAAACGCCUGACUGGAGUAUCAUGGAACCGACACUACGAAAUCACUAUCAUAUUCAUCCGAUGCACUCUCGGGGCCACCUUUGCUGCCAUUGUCGUCAGCAAUCUGGUCGAAUGCCGCCCCAUUAACCACUAUUGGCAGGUCUUGCCCGACCCCGGCGGCCAGUGUCGGCAAGGCUACGCCCAACUCAUCACUAUGGCCACCUGCAACGUUAUUACAGACCUGCUCUUGGUCUUCUUCCCCAUCCCUAUCAUCCUCCGCAGCAAGAUGACCAUCAAGCGGAAAGCCCAGCUCGUCUGUCUCUUCUCCCUUAGCCUGGGAGUCAUCGCUGUCACGGCCUAUCGCGUCCCGCUCAUCCUCCGCAACCACGGGCGCCAGCAGACUCGUUCGCUGAUGGCGUCCGUAGAGAUCCUCUUUGCGACAGCCGCCGCCAAUGCUUUGGUCCUGGGCUCCUUCGUUAGAGACCGCGGAGUCAAGAAGAGGAAGUUCAAGUACGGCUCGGCCACGGCGGAUAGCAUGGAGCGCACGAGCAGUGCGGGAACCCGCAGACCCACGGUGCAAAGGCACUGGGGUAGCGACGAGGACCUGGUCCGGGAUAUCGGGCUGGGUGUCGCUCCAGACCUGCGGGACGAGCCUGAUUCGCCUAGCACCCUGAGCAACGCCCACAAGUUUCGCCCGGCGCCGCAUGCCAACGUUCCCGAGGACAUGCAUCUGUGGCGCUUCCCCUCGCACAAGAGAAAGAUCGAGACUGCCAGAAGCGACGACUCGCUCCUCGAGAGAGACCAGCUCUCGACUUCGCAGAGCGGAUCCACCGCCACUCCCCGCAAAGUUUCCUUCUUCGAUGUCGGCGGCCUCCUGGACGACGAGGCCGGCAGCAGCACCCGACGCAGCAGCACUCGCCGCGACAGCCACCGGUCCAGCGUCGGGAACCACUCGCCCACCAGCAUGCCUUCCCCUACUAUACCUGCCGGCACGAGUGGUCUGCGACGCGGGUCGCAAGCCCUGCUGCAGGAUCUGGGCGGUCUGCUCGGCCCUAGGUCGGUGAGCCCGAGAUCACGGGCUAGGAAUCCUCACUCUACCGAGCUGCAGCCUAUACCGUCCGAGUCACACGCCUCGUCGCAGCAAAACAUCGACAACGCGGGCCUGGAAAUCAGGCUGAUGGACCCUGGAGGACUACUCAGUCCUCAUAGGUGA